UCUCGUUCAUGCCGAAAUGCCACGUCAGAAAAACAACCAUUCGAUUUCGAGGACUGUGAAUGGUAAUUAAUUCAUGUCAUUCUUGACAGAUUGUCGUUCGAUCGUAAAUUCUGGGAGUUUUUUGUAAAUUUGUUGUGAUAUGAAACAUAUCGCCAAAUUGUUGGCAUGAAUUCGUUCUUUCAAGAAGCAUGGAGAUCGAAGAAGACACAGUGUUUUUGGAUUCAGGUGAACGAGAAACAUAUAAGAAAGUGGCAGUAUCUAUUGAAGAGCAUAACCUGAACGUCAGACGGAGAAAUAUAUUUGAAACAGUGAACUUCGAUCAAACGGAAAAUAAAAACGCGAUUUCCGAAAGCAGCGUGCCUCUCGUUAAAAUGCCUGAUUCAACGAGGGCAUGGCGUGAUAAUGUUGUACCACGAAUACCUGAUAUCGCGGACUUUAGUUUGUCAGGUAAACAAAACGGAGUGUUAAAUUGCAAAGACGAUAGCGAUUUAUUAGAAGGUGAUUUUGGUGAUAUAGACCCCCUGACCAAUUCAGAACGAAUGAAGAUAAACGACAUACGAGAAAGCAUUGCUAAUCCAGACAUGACAUUAGGAGAACUUCGAUCACUUGGUUGCGAGGGCCUUGUUAAUGAUGAUGUAAGAAGGGUACUGUGGCCACAACUUCUAAGAUUAUCAGAAGAAAAUAGUUUACCGAUAAGUGGAUUAAAAACGAUACAGGAUCGUGUCCCGAACGAAGUCUAUCAACAAAUAUUAAAGGAUGUUGCCCGUAGCGGUAGUCACAUUUCCCAGAGUGCUACAGAAUCAGAGAUAGAAUCCUUUCAAGAACAAUUGACACAAUUGAUAUGUUGGGUACUUCAUAGGCAUUCUACAUUAAAUUAUUACCAGGGAUACAAUGACAUAGCUGCAACUGUUUUAAUUGUUAUGGGCUUAGAAAAGGCUUUGAAUGUGCUUGAGGCUAUUUCGUUAGAAUUCCUGGAAAGAUUUAUGGAAAAAACAAUGGAGAAAGUAAAUCAAGAAUUAUUUUAUAUAUUUGCACUGCUGGAAAGAGAACAUGCCUCCUUAUUGGAACAUCUGGAGAACGUAGAAUUAUUUCCGCACUUCGCAUUGGCUGAGUAUACAACAUGGUAUGCACACAAAUACGCGGAGAAUAGGAAAUUAUUACACAGAUUGUUCGAUUACUUUCUCGGCAGUCCUCCAUUGAUGCCUCUUUAUUUAAGUACCGUAAUCGUAGCGCAUCGAGCAACCGAAAUUUUUAAUACUACUCCUGAUAUGGGUCAUACGCAUCAAGUGUUGUGUAAUUUGCCAGACGAUUUACCUUAUGAAACGCUGUUAGUCAAAGCAAAGAAAUUAUAUCGUGAGUACCCCCCCGAAUCUAUAAUUAACGAUGUUAGAGAGUACGAUCGAAAGAGAAAGUGUAAGGAGCAAGAAUGGAAAGCAAAAGCGAUAGCAAGUCGUCAAGAGAGGGAGAAGCAACGUCAGCUUAGAAUUGUAAAAUCGACACUGCGAUUUCCGUUCCGUAUUAUAAGAAAUUACAAAGCUAUUACAGUAGCAACGAUUUUGGCUUUAGGAACGUAUGCUCUUUUGAAAUUUCCUUCUGGCCUCAACUGACAUUAAAUGAAUCUGCAUUAUUUAAGCAAAUAUUGUGUGCGCAUUUCUGAAACAGUAUUUCAUUGUAAUCAUGCAUUGUUAAUCUGGGAACGAUAGCAUAAAUUGAUCGACACACAAUACGUCAUGAUAAGAAAGCAAACUUGUUUUUUUAUGUGGAACAAUAAGUAUGCGAAGCAUUCCGAUGCUGUCUUUUGCGCUGUUUCCUCAGAACUGAGAAAUUUUUCGUGCACACAUUCGCUGUGUUAAAAAGAAGAUAAAACAUUUAUACAGACACAAAGAGUACAUAUACUUAUGGGAAAAGAAUAUUUCUGAAAUAAGUAUAUUUUGAGAUAUAAAAAGAGAUUUAGAAUAUAAUAAAUAUACUUGUGGCUUAGAUUAUAAAUAUGUUUUUGCAAUCUGUGAUGCAACUAUGAGUAUGCUCAUUUAUAUUUGCAAACAUAAACAAAUCUGCAGCAGCAGAACAGAUAAUAAUAAAUGACCAUAAUUUUUCAAUUUAA